AAGGACUUUGGAGAGUUGCUGGCUUCCCUCCAAACAAAGAUGAAGGAGCUGAAGGUGGAUAGAGCUGAAACUGCAGCCUUGAUGUCCCAUUCUCAAGGACUCAAUGGUGCUCCAGAGGACUGCCAAGAUGUACCUGAGAAGAGGAAGGCGUCAGAGACUGCAGAGACUGCAGCAGACCAGGCCUUGAGAUCACCAGUUCCGGGAGAAAGCCGAUCUGGACAGGCGCACUCCGACCAGAAGUUGGUGGCUGUCGUUGGAAGCUUUCAGGCUGCACCACUGCCAUCUCCUGCGCUGAGCUCGCCCGCUUUGUCUCCCAGGGAGCCAGUGACCCCGAUGCGUUUGCGGGUCGACUCUGAUGCAUUCACUCCGUCUCAGGCUGGACCUCGACCAUCAUCGCCUCAGACUUUUCCACUACUGCGACGUCCAGGCCCUGUGCUGAUUCAAGGCAUUGCGCCGAGGAUGCCAUCUCCUGCAUGGUCCAGAUCGAACUCGCCUGGUUUGACACCUCUGACUCCAGAUCGCCAGGGAAGUCCUCGAGUUCCUCAUGUCUUGGCAUUCCGGGCAACUUCACCACCUCGUGACACGUCUCCACCACCACAAUCACCUGUCUCAAAUGUCUCAAGGCCUCUGAUUUGGCAAGCACCACAACCACAAGCACGGCAAGGGCUCCAAGGACCAGGGCCGCAAGGAGCCCAAGGACAGUCGACCAGACCCUGCACACCCAGGAAUGUGAGUCCAGCUGGAUUUGUGUCUGCAUCUGGUCCACCAGCUGGAGGAUUUGUUUGGGGUGCGAAGUUGCAACCGCAGGCAGCUUCAUGGCAACCACCUCGGUUGCAGUCACCGCCUCGACGGGCAGAAACCCCAGCCAGCCAGAGACCUCUGCAAGCGCAGCCCAUGCAGGCCACGCCUCAAGCAAAUCCAUCGAAUCAGUCGACCAAUGGGCAGCAUGACCCAUCUGACCCAUCUGGCCCAUCUGGCCCACCUGCACCAGGCCCACCAGGCCCACCAGGCCGACCUGGCUCGCCUGGCCUGCAUGGAGUUGUGCCAGUUGUGCCUUUGCCUGGAGCUGUGCCCGGACCUCCUGAAGGGCCUGAAGGGCCAAGGGUGCCAAAGCCAGCAAAUCAACGGGUCCUUACACCCCUCCGAAUGCCAGUGCAGAGUCUGCCAAUGCCGCCUUCAACUCCUGUGCUGAAAUCACUUCGGGCAGUGUUACAAACGCCGAUAAAAUCAGCUGGUACGCCAGUGCAGACACCACGACAAACUACGCCAUUCACACCUUUCUCCCUCUCCACACCUUUCUCUAUACCAACUGCAACUACUGCAACAAUACCAACCAUGCAGCCGAUAGGGCCGAUACUGGUUGCACAGCCUCGAAUAGGCCAGGGACCUGCACCUUUUGCAACUGCCUUCCCCCUUGCACCGCGACUUGGUUCUCCUCCCUCGCGAGCCAUGCGUUCACCUCCGCCGCAAGCAUUGAUCCAAGAGCCGCAACCAACACCCACGUUUUCUGGUCACUCCAUUGAGCAGCAAGAUCCGCCUGCUCAAACAUCAACUGCCGUCACAGAUGUGAAGGUUCAUGGUGAGGCAUCGGACAGACCUGAAGCGGGGCCAUUGCGGGCCUUAGCUUGGGAAAGGGCAGCUCCAAGAAGGGUAGCUCGCAUAGAGAUCUGAGUCGCUGACUGUCUGGACUUGCUAUGAGAGUGUGCCUAUUCUUAGCCAGUCCACCGCAAUGGCAUACUUGUUUUGCAGAAUUAACUUACUGUAAGAUUCCUGAGGUUACAACUUCC